AUGAUAAAACAUCCACCUUUGGUCACAUUACGCUUGGGGUCAACUCUGACACCGGAUGAUAUCAAGGAAGGCGACGAUGUUUACUUCGAGUGUCACGUACAAUCGAAUCCUCAAUGGCGGAAACUCUUGUGGUUACAUAAUGGCAUACAUUUGGAACACAAUACCUCGGCUCGUGUCAUCCGGUCAAAUCAAAGUUUAGUACUGCAAAAGAUAACGAAACACUAUGCGGGCAACUAUGCUUGCAGUGCCAUCAACGAUGAGGGUGAAACGGUCAGCAAUCAAUUGCCAUUGCACACACCCAUUUGCAAGCACUCGGAUCGCGUUAUACUAAUUGGCGCCUCCAAGGAUGAGACAGUGGAAGUUGUAUGCGAGAUACAAGCGGAUCCUCCGCCACGAACAUUUCGCUGGAAAUUCAACAACUCUGGCGAAACUCUCGAUGUGGGCAGUGAACGAUUCAGCGUGAAUGGUAGCCGCAGCAUUUUAAAGUACACACCAGUCACUGAUCAGGAUUAUGGCACAUUGUCAUGCUGGGCAUCCAACGAGGUUGGCACACAGCAGCAUCCCUGUCUCUUUCAAGUUGUCCUGGCAGCUCUGCCGAAUGCCGUCAGCAAUUGUACCGUCUUCAACCGAACCGAGUUGAGUGUUGACAUACAAUGCAUACCCGGCUAUGACGGCGGACUGCCACAAAUAUUUGUGCUCGAAAUGUUUUCAACACGCACCGGCGUCACCAGAUUCAACUUAAGCAAUCCUGAGGAAUCGCUAUUUUCAUUGGAAAAUUUGGAUACUUUAACCUCGAUGAUGGUGCAGGAGAAUAACUCUUUGCGUUUACGCAUUUAUUCGUACAACCAGAAGGGACGGAGUGCAGUGUAUCUUUUGCCCGAUUUCAUAAUUGGUUCAACAGCUUACAAGACAGACGACGAUGUAACACUGACAUUGUCACCGGUGAUUGUUGGCAGCGUUCUGACCAUCAUAAUUAUUGGUGUGGCCAUCGCGAUACGGAUAUUUGUGGUGACAUUUGUACACAAUUUGCGACGCAAUCGUCAACAUGGCAGCAAGGCAACGGCAGCCGGUGUAACAGCCCAACCAAAUGAUGUCUUUAAGAGUGGAAACCUGGAGAAACCUCGUUGGCAACAUACAGAUAUAAAGACAAAGUCAUCAGAGGAUUUGGUUGAAGAUGAACGUGAUCCGGAUGUUAUACCCUCUCAAUAUGUUGGCGGCAGCAGCGCUGGCAGUAGCGGAAGCAAUGCCUCCAAUGUGGGCACCACCACAGGCAGCAGCACAUCCACUGCAGUGGUGGCAUCAUCAACAGGAGCAGGAGGAGCUGGAACAGGAGUUGCUACAGCUUCGGCCACAGUUGCUGGCGAAUUUGCAGCAGCCACGUCGGUAGUUGGCAAUGCUGGAGGUGGUGCAGGAGUCUCCAAAUGGUCACCCAAUGGCAAUGCAAUCUUCCUGCUGAUCGACUACGAGCUGAAAGACCAUUCCUAG